AUGGUUCAACACGUGAUUGGUCGUUCUCAGUUCUCAGCUGUGCGAGUCAGACGAGGCUCGAUGUAUGUAUACACCGCGUAUGCUAAGAAUUUUAUAGGUUAGACUCUACAUCGAACGCAAAAUAUUGCUCUGCUUGCAGCGAGUAAAGCACGAGCGAUAAAGUUCCAGCGAGCGUCAGCGGCUGCCAAAAGUAUCUGAAGGAAGGAAUAUGUUCAGCAGCAUAAAGCAUUCGCUGAGAUACAGUCCGAAUAAAUUCGGUUGUCAACUGCUGGCGUACUUCUCGGCGGAGACGACGCCGAAGAGCAACCUGACGCAGCGAGAAUGCACACGGGGCGCUCACCCGCAGGCGUGCGGGCAGCCGACGCCGACGACGCAUCCCCAUCUGCUCAAGCCCGGCCAAGUGCUGCCGGGUGUGUCGCUCGAGGAGUUGAGGGCGAGACGCGCCAAACUGGCGGAGAGCUUGACGACGAGCGCCAAGAGUGUGCACAGGCAGCAGGUAGUCGUCAUACCUGCCUCGUCUAAGGUCUACAUGUCGGACAAGAUACCGUACGUCUUUCGGCAGAACACGGACUUCCUGUACUUCUCCGGGUGUCAGGAGCCGGACAGUAUCCUGGUACUCACGUGCAAGGAGGACAAGCCCUCGUACACCCUGUUCGUGCGGUCGAGGGACGAGCACUCGGAAUUGUGGGACGGCCCGCGUACCGGCGUCGAAGUCGCGACCGAGUUGUUCGGCACGGAUUACGCGCUGCCGGUCACGGAAUUCGAGCGGUUCCUGACCUUGCUCAUACAGGAGGACAAGGGCAGCGUGGUGUGGUACGAUUACGCGGACGUUGUUCAACCGGUCCUGCAUAAGAAGCUGUGCCAGCUGAUCAAACUGACGGACAAUCAGAUAUUCGCCUCCCCCAAGAUUCUGUUUCAUCAGAUCCGCCUGAUCAAGAGCGCCUGCGAGAUCGAUUUAAUGCGGGAGAGCUGCAGAAUCACCUCCGACGCUAUCGCGACGACGAUUCGGUCCUCGAAGCCGGGGAUGAGCGAGCACCAGUUGUUCGCCACUGUAGACUACGAGUGUCGUAUGCGCGGGGCCGAACAUCUGGCGUAUCCUCCCGUCGUGGCGGCGGGCAGGAAUGCAAACGUGAUACACUACAUCAGUAACAAUCAAGUUGCACAGAGCGGCGAUUUGGUCUUGAUGGACGCAGGUUGCGAGUAUCACGGCUACUCGUCCGAUAUAACGCGGACCUGGCCAAUCAGCGGUAAAUUUACGCCAGAACAAAAGGUUCUCUACGAGAUAGUGCUCGACGUGCAGAAGAGCUUGAUAGGCAGCUUGAGAGAAAUGCCGUCGUUGGACAACGCGUUCCGCCACAUGUGUUUCCUUCUCGGGGAAAGAUUGCAGGAAAUUGGCGUGUUACCGAAGGACCUAGACGAGAACAAAUUAUUGACGGCCGCGUACGCGUAUUGCCCGCACCACGUCAGCCAUUACCUGGGAAUGGACGUGCACGAUACCGGCAAGAUAUCCAGAAGCAUAAGGAUACAACCUGGAAUGAUAAUAACGAUAGAACCUGGUGUGUACAUAAGUCCGAAGACUCCUUACGCGCCGGCACACUUCCACGGCUUAGGUGUUCGUAUAGAAGACGAUGUUUUAAUAACGGAAAACGACCCAGAAGUCUUGACGAAAAACUGCCCGAAGGAGCUGGCGGAGAUCGAGGCUCUAGCGAGCUAAAGCCAAGGAUGUUUAGCAGCAAAUAAUACAAGCAGUGUACAUACAGUAAGACGUAUAUAUAGUACAUAGUACAGAAAAUAUAAGUAAGCGCGUGUAAAUACAUGAAAUAAUUGCGUAUGUAUUGUACAUGAAAGCGACUGGGGCCUUGGGCGAUGUAUCGCUUUCAUGCAUGUUCUGCUGGACAUAUUUUUUAUACAUAUAUAAAUCGAUUGAAUUUUUUAAUAUUCUUCCAAACCCAUCGUUCAUUCAUUUGAGCGAAGUAGCUCUUUCAUAUGUUCUGCUGGACGUAUCUUUCAUACAAAAUCAGUUAAAUUUUUUUAUAAUCUUGCAAACCUAGCUUUCAUUUAUUCAUAGUGUAUUUACCUCUAAAUUCAUUGUUGCGUCUUGCGCAACAUGGUUUCUCUCUACACACACACAUAUAUAGAUAUUAUGUCUGUGUAUUAUACAAAUAUAUAUUAUUUCACUUAGUAAUAAAAAAAAUAACACAAUUUUAUGAAACGAUAGAGAUCUUCGACUUUGCACUUUUAUUCUGGAUACAACAUACAUUUUAUUAUAAAUUUAUAUAAAGGCAAGUUUUACAUUAUUCGAAAAUUUGCUUAAGCGGAAAUAGACGAAUAUUGCAUACUUGAAACCAGUAAAGUAUUACUAGAAUCAGUAACAGUAGAAUAUAUAUGAAGAGAGCUAACGUGAUCAUUGAUACGAUAAAGUUCAGGUCGUAUCGCAAUCUAUGGCACGAUCAUAUUGUAUUUUUUAACAAAAUUGUGCCUAAAUCUACAUGGAUGCAAGGCACAAAAAACAAGGAAGAAAACAAUCGCUCUAUAUAAGAUAUUUCUAAAGUAGCAUUCAAAAUGAAUUAAUACACUGAAAUGUAUAUAAAAGAAUGUACGGUUCUUCUCACAAUUGUAUUUGCUGUGUCUCCACGAGACUCUUGGGGGAA